AGUUGCACGUUGUCAUGUCUGGAAGAAGAACUAGCCUUGAAGAGCCUUCCUCUUCUGAAGAGGAUGCUCAACUUACUCUUUACCACGACAACAAAGGUAGUCUAGAGGACAAUUGUCGAAUAUCCUUUCCAGUGAGAGGUCUUACCAAGUCCUCGGGUCCAGUUUUUGAAAGUUUUUUUCAAAUAAAAGACAUUGAAAGGAAAUUCGAAAGAGUGUCUCGCUUGUUUUGUGAAGGGGAGAAUUUUAACAAAAUCCAGUUAAUUCUGGAUAUAAACACACAACUGUACCCCAUGAGUGUUGGAGAUAACAUUCAUUUUCUUUUGACCACCACACUAGGAGCAGACCAUGAAGACUUCCUCACAGUGACAGAUGGUGCCCCCUCCUCCUUAGCGGAUGCUUUUGAGUAUAUCAUGCAUGGCAAAAUUUAUAGAUUAGAAGGAGCUGAGGAUUCAUUGUGAGUUAAGAAGAGAUUAUUGGGGUGAGCAUGAGCAUAGCCCCGGUCCCGAUUGAGGCCUUGCGAUAUGUAUUCUGUAUGCCGUCUAAUAUUAAAAUUGGUUGGAAAUGCUUCCUCUUUUAAGUGUAAAAAGAAAUAUUGAAAUAGGACAGUAUGAGGGUGUGGUCACAAUAAACAAGAUGGCGGCGUUUA